AUAAAGCACAAUCAAUGCCACAUUUUAACAUUUGAGAAAGGAAGUGCAUUUAUUCAUCUUCUUGUGUUGCCCAAUAAAUGGCAUCUGUUCUCUCAUGUAGUAUACGUACUUAAUCGUUUGGCAGCAACAACCUUUCAGAACAGCUUCACAUUCCAGAUCUGCGCCCGUUAUAAGGAUAUUACUGGAGAUCACACGGCUUCAGCCAAGCUCUGGAGUUCCGUCAAGAGUGGGUGGUGGCUUCUAUUCAUCCCUGCAUUUCGCUCUCCUGCCGCAAGGGUAUUUCGAGGGAAGGAGAGCUCUGCGUUUUAGUUUCAGCCCUUGGUGUGGCGCUAAUCAGAAGUUUUACUUCAAAUACUCAAAACUGUUUGCGGCGGCGCGGAUUUCUCCUUCAGGAAUUUUAGGUUAUUGGCUUUCUUUCAUUAUUGGCAUGGCAUUACCCUGCCAAUAGACUGCGUUGGGAAAAAAACAACAACAAGGCGUUUUGCUAACGUCCGUAUUCAACCCGUUUCUCCAAACCAAAGUGAACAAAGAAUGGACUUAUCCGAUGACACUCGGAGCAAAAAAAAAAAACCUAAGCAGAAAAUGGUUGCUCUUUUUUCAGCCCCCGCCAUUGCUCGCACACCAAGAAGAAACUCUAAAGGCAGGCGAACUGUUUAUUCUCCUCUCCUACUACGGUAUCUUGAGCCUUUUUCGGUGGCACUAUUGACUCUAGUUUUCAGUAGUUUCGGAUGAUGGUUUAUCUUAUCAAAGACACUUAAGAGCGGCCCGUUUCCUAUCGAGUGGCUACUGUUUGCCCCUGAAGUUAAUGUAAAACUUGCUUCAUCGUCGCCCACCCAGAAAUUCACUUUGCCAUUGCUGCUCCAGCCGCUGCCCCUUCCAGUCCAGUAACCCACCCCCCUUUUGUGUCGCAGGGGGUUCGCGCUCCGCUUUAGUGCACACGCACACAUGGAUCCCGGUCCCGGCUCGCCGCUCGCGCGCCCGCAGACAGAACGGCCCGGGCCCUGCCUGCGGAACGUGGUACUGCUACCCUUGGCGCACACCACGAAUCGGAGAGCGCGCCGACUGACUGGCUACCCCGAGGAAUGCGCGGUAUGCAAGAGGCAGAAGCAACCAUUCGACGGGACGGGGAGGGGGGACGGGAUCGGCCCAUGUCUGCCGCGGCCGCAGAAGCACGCGCGUUUCGAACAGUCGUGCGCGGUCUGGAGGAAAAAAGCCCUUGGCGGUGUGUGCCUAGACGCCGAGUAGCCGCCGCCGCGUGGGAGCGGCUCGGUGUCUUCCGAUUUAGUUGUUUCGACUCCCCCCUCCUCUGCUCGGUUGCGCGCUCUCUGUAUGUUUUUCCUCUCUUUCUCUCCCUCUCGCUGGGCGGUGGUUGAGGCCGCUGGUAGUUAGGAUCGAUUCUGCUGUUGCUGAAGUCGCCGCGGCGGCGAGCAGCGGCGGCGGCAGUAUUGGAUAGAUCAAUGAAGGGGCAUUUAUGGCAGGCUGGCCAGCUGAAGCUGUAGGCUCAGCGCGGCUUCGCUGCCGUCGGUGAUCCCAGGAGAGGGAAGGACGACGACGGGCGCGUUGCAUGAGAGACUCAGCCCGGGAAGAGGGGGGUGGAGGCAGAGCAGGCGGAGGCGGCGAGCCAGCAGCCAGCUGCAAGAGCAGAGACCCGUCCCAGCAGCCGGGGAGAGAGAGGCGUUUUCCAGCGGUCGCCUCCCUGAAUCGCGCCCCAGCCAAGUUGCUUCCCGUCCGCAGGGGAAGUUCGGGCUUAGGCUGGGCAAUGAUUUUCCCCAAUAGUAGCAGCAACUCUGCGGGCGGCAGCCGGACUCCAUAUAGGAAACAGCAGCCCAUUGUGCCUGCCCAUCCAAUGGCUCCUCCUAGCCCCAGUAUCACCAGCAGCAAUAACAACAGCAGCAGCAGCAGCAACUCAGGAUGGGAUCAAUUAAGUAAAACAAACCUGUAUAUCAGAGGGCUGCCUCCAAAUACCACUGACCAGGAUUUAGUAAAGCUAUGCCAACCGUAUGGGAAAAUUGUAUCUACGAAAGCUAUUUUGGAUAAAACAACAAACAAAUGCAAAGGUUAUGGUUUUGUGGACUUUGAUAGUCCGGCUGCAGCUCAGAAAGCCGUAUCUGCCCUGAAAGCCACUGGAGUUCAAGCACAGAUGGCAAAGCAACAGGAGCAAGAUCCAACUAAUUUAUAUAUUUCCAAUUUGCCACUUUCAAUGGAUGAACAAGAGCUUGAGAAUAUGCUAAAACCUUUUGGACAAGUUAUCUCAACAAGAAUACUUCGUGAUUCCAAUGGCACAAGUCGUGGAGUUGGCUUUGCAAGGAUGGAAUCAACAGAGAAAUGUGAAGCAGUGAUUGCUCAUUUUAAUGGGAAAUUUAUUAAAACCCCACCAGGAGUUUCUGCUCCUACAGAACCUUUGUUGUGCAAGUUUGCGGAUGGAGGACAAAAAAAGAGACAGAAUCAGAACAAAUAUAUACAAAAUGGAAGAGCAUGGCACAGAGAAGGCGAGGUGAGACUUGCUGGGAUGACACUCACUUACGAUCCAACUACAGCUGCUUUACAAAAUGGAUUUUACCCCUCACCAUACAGUAUUGCAGCAAACAGAAUGAUCACUCAAACAUCUAUCACGCCAUAUAUAGCUUCUCCAGUUUCUACAUACCAGGUGCAGAGUCCCUCCUGGAUGCAGCCUCAACCAUAUAUAAUGCAGCAUCCUGGUGCUGUAUUAACUCCUUCCAUGGAGCACACCAUGUCUUUGCAGCCAGCGUCAAUGAUAAGUCCCCUGACCCAACAGAUGAGCCACCUUUCAUUGGGCAGCACUGGAACAUACAUGCCUGCCACAACAGCUAUGCAAGGAGCUUAUAUUCCCCAGUAUACACAUGUUCCCACUGCAGCUGUUCCAGUUGAGGAAGCCAGUGGUCAGCAGCAAGUUACAGUAGAAACAUCCAGUGAUCAUUCUCCAUACACUUAUCAACAAAACAAGUAAUUGUGAGAUACGUUGGUGGUGACCUUGCCUAGAGAAGGAUGCAAAGGCUGAAACAAUCAUGGAUUUUACUGAUCAAUUGUGCUUUAGAAAUUAUUGACAGUUUUGCACAGGUUCUUGAAAACGUUAUUUAUAAUGAAAUCAACUGAAACUAUUUUUGCUAUAAGUUCUAUAAGGUGCAUAAAGAAAAAGAAAAAAAAGAUCUUAAAAUUCAUUCUAGUAGCUGUUCCCUCCCCCCUCCCCCCCGAACAGGUUUAUUUUAGUAAGAAAUUUUUUAUCGAGUGUUAAUGACGCAAAAAAAAAAAAGAAAAACAAAAAAGAAAAAAAAAUCUUAAAAAUAAUUCCGGUCACGCACAGCUCAAAAUGGAGACACAUCCAUGUGCAUGACAAAAUCCGUGUCUUGGUUUAUUUUUAUUUUGUUUUAACUUUUUUAAAAAUGUAUAAUUUUUUUUUUGAAGUUUAAAUUAGUAAAACAUCCAUGCUGAUGUUCUGUGCUUGCUGUGUGAGUCUUGCUCUAGUGCAGUGUUGCAAUUGUAGGGUCUGUUUUCAUAGCUUUCUGUUUUGUUUUGUUUUUUCCUUUAAAAGUAGUCUGAAGUGUCUCAUCUUUUUUCUAUCAAUUCCAAUUUGCCUUAACUCUUUUAAUGCUGUAGCUGUUUCAGUACGUAGUCCAAACUAAUGGUGUAGAAUGCUUUUGACCAAAGCUGGUCUAUUAUGCCUUGUAAAACAGCAGGAUAGGGCUUUUAAGAGGUAGUCGAUAAAAAUUGCUGAAAAAUCUGGCUUUUUAAAAAUGUGUAGUAAGUGUUUUUAAUGAUUUUUUUCCUCACAUAAUAAUGUAAGGUUGUGAAAUGCAAGAUUGGGGAAUAGGGAAAUGUUUUGUGUGAAACACAUUUUUCUGACUGGGGAAAUUUUAAUAGAAUAAAUCGUUUGUAAGGCCUUAUGCCAAUUAAUUUUCCUCUGCUAGUUAGGAACUCUGCUGUAUGAUGCAAUGUAAAAAAAAAAAAAAAACUUUUUGCCUUUUUUUCCAGAAGCUAAUUAUGUUUUAGUUGUAGGGUGGGGGAGUUUGGGGGGUAGGGAAUCAUGCCGAAUGUUUCUGUCCUUUCUAGUAAUGAUAAUGCUUAAGAACAAUGCUGUACUGAGACCUAGCAAAUAGAAGCAUUUGCUUUUACAGCAAAGGCAAAAGCUAAAAGACUUUUUUCAAAAUAUAAGCUGAGAUUUAAGUAGAAAAUGAAUGAGAUUGGGUACUCGCUCUCUAUAUUAGGUAAAUAAAGACUUGGCACUUUUUAAAGGUAACUUUACCAAAGAACAAAAGAGCCAGUAACCAAUAAUUCUGAAUUGUCUCAGCAGUUAUGUCUUCUGUACUCUUUUAUUUUUUAUUAUUAUUUUUUUCUUUUUGCCGGACCAGUUUGCGGUUAGAAGAAUGUGCCUUUUUUUGUACAUUUGCAUUUAGGUUUUAUAAUUUUUAAUUGAUGUAUGGACACAAACAAACAAACAAAAAGCAUGAAGGAAGACUUGGAUCCAAGCAGUGCCACGCUUUAUAUCAUCACUACAAGUGUUCAUUGUAAAGAAAAGAAGAAGAAAAAAUAAUUUUGAAACUAUGAAAUUCCUGAUUUCACAAAUACACUGUUAUUUGUACUUUUUAAUGUAUUAGAUAAAACUCACUGCUCUUAAAAGCUCGUUUUUAUUAUGAUCGCAUGUGUAAAUUAAGUUGUCUUCCAAAACUGUGUACUUGUCUGGUCAACUGUGUAUGAUCAGUUAUCUACCUCAAGGCUUAUUUCUUUUACUAAUGGGACAGGUUGCUGGCCCUCCCUGUUACCACAGACCAAAUCAUCCUAGCUCAGGAGCUAGGCCUAAGCAAUUCUUUCUUUUCACUUUUUGUUUUCCUUUUUAGUUUUUAAAUUUUAUGUGAGUAUUCAAGUACAGAUGUCAGUGACAUUUCAUAGUUUCAAAAGUCAAUGCUGCUCUGAGAAGUGUAGAUUCUGAUAAAUUACAUAGACAUAAGAAAUAUGUUCUGUUUUUGUUUUCUAUUUUUUUUAUUUUUUUAAAGAAAAAAAGUUGUGGUAUUAUUGGUUCUAUGCUCCCUUGAAUUGACUGCUUUGUCAGAGUUCAGCUUCCUUGCAUCUUUUUCCUUGGAGGUGGCAUGUUUCCAGAAAAAGAAGAAGAGUUAUUUCUACUUGAUCUUCUCUUUCAAUUAGUUAAACAUUGGGUUAAAACAGUGUUUCUCAAACUUGGCAACUUUAAGAUGUGUGGACUUUAACUCUCAGAAUUCCCCAGUCAUAACUGGAUGUGGGAUUCUGGGAGUUGAAGUCCACACACUUUAAAGUUGCCAAGUUUGAGAAAUACUGGGUUAGAGGAAGGAAUAGAUGCUGCUGGAAAAGCUGAACUAAGUGCCAUACUCACUAUCUGCGUAAGAUUUGCAAAAUGUAUCCUCUGUACAUAAAAAAAAAAUAAUCGAUUACUUAAACAUCACAUAGUAGACAGCCAUUAAAUUAUAAAAAAAUAAUUUAUGAAGAAAGACCUUUUGUACAGAUUGAAAAAAAAGAUUUUCAUAGAGAUAUCUAUAUGAUCAAGAGAGUUAAUUUUUUAUUUUUGUUUUACUAGUGCCACAAACUUGCCAGUGGUAACUUAUUUGUCCGGUUCAAGAUAACUCUGUCAUUUUGUUUCCUAGGACUUGUUGUUAAAUGCCAAAAGACAUUUUUGAACUGUAAAUUUGAUUAGAUUGUUAGCUUUUUUCUGUUUUAUUUCUUUUGAAAACUUUUGAAUAAAAAACAUCAAAACAAAA